UGGUUGGCACUGCCCAGGCUCCCCAGGGCAGUGGGCACAGCCCCAAGGCUACCAGAGCUCCAGGGUUGUUCAGACAACGCUCUCAGGGACAGGGUGGGAUUGUUGGGGUGUCUGCAGGGCCAGGAGCUGCCCUUGGUGAUCGUGAUGGGUCCCUUCCAACUCAGGGUACUCCAUGAUUCUCUGAUCUUGCCCUCUGCAGGGAUCCCAACGCUGGGCAAGAACGUGGUGGUGGCCGGGAGGUCGAAGAACGUGGGGAUGCCCAUCGCGAUGCUGCUCCACACUGAUGGCAAACACGAGCGGCCUGGAGGUGAUGCCACAGUCACGAUCUCCCACCGCUACACCCCCAAGGAGCAGCUGAAGCAGCACAUGAUCCGUGCAGACAUCGUGGUGGCAGCAGCAGGCAUUCCCAACCUGAUCACAGCUGACAUGAUCAAAGAAGGAGCUGCAGUGAUUGAUGUGGGAAUAACCAGAGUGCAGGAUCCUGUCACUGCCAAGUCCAGGCUGGUUGGGGACGUGGAUUUUGAAGGGGUGAGGAAGAAGGCCAGUUACAUCACCCCGGUGCCGGGCGGGGUGGGGCCCAUGACCGUGGCCAUGCUGAUGAAAAACACCAUCAUUGCUGCCAAGAAGCUGCUGAAACCCAAAGAGUUGGAAGCACUGACUGCUUGACCUGGGCCAUCCUUCUCCUUCGUAGCACUGAAAGCAACAUUCCAAACUGACUCCCAAACAGGCCGAUAGAAAAUGCAAUAUUUUUUUAUUUAUUGUCUCAGAAUGGGAAAAAUUUCCCACUCGGAGGUCGCAGGUAUUUAUUGGAGCUGAAGCAGCUGCAUCUGGUGGUACUGAGGUGUGUAAAUCUUCAUGCCUGUGCUCCUCCUGCUUGUUAAGCUGCUCUGUGUGUGAGCCAGACCUGCUCCUGCAGGAAUUUGGGAUCCUGGGAAUGCAGCUUUCCCGGGAGCUCCAUCAGCACUCCCUUGGGAUAUUUGCUCCAUGGUACAAAGCCUUGAUGGUUCUGUUCUCACAGAUCUGGAGUGUGGCUUGUGCUGCUCUCCUGCUCAAUGCUGGAUGUUUAGUUUGAGCUCUUCUGUAGAAGAAAUUACUUGAAAAAUUAAAAAUAAAGCCAUAUUUGUGCUCUGAGGCUGUGGAGGGCCCUGGGCAGUGGCAGAGCUGUUGUAACAUGUUCUAGUGUGCAGCUAAGCUGGGGUUUUUUUGCUGUUUGGUUGGUGAAUUUUUUAAAAAGCCUUUUUUUUUCUAACCAAAGAAAAGUGUGAGGAGAGUUUGGUGUCCACAAAGGGCACACAGGAGGUUCCCUGGGCUGUGUUAUGAAGUGUGUAACUAGUGAGUAAUGCAGGCUAACAAAAUAAAGUGUGAGAAGACAAAAAAAAAAAA